CAGUAUUUUUGAGGGACUGGAGUAUGGUCAUUUUAUGCAUGCAUUCCAUACAUAUCGUAAUAAUCAUAAUAAUCACUGGUGAUUGGUGUAGUAGCUGUGUUAUGUUCAGUCUGUACAUGAAACGAAAGUGAAAGCAUGUGUUCGCGCGUCAGCUCAGCUCAUGACGCAGUUGGCUAAGAAGACAAAUGUAAGGAAGAGGAUGUGGAAUUAACUUUUUUAAAUAGGGGUACGCAAAGCAAAAAUCAGGAUCUGCAGUCUCAAAAAGGAGCAUCCAAAGAUCAUUGCCGUCACAUACUGUUGUGUAAGUGCCAAGAUGCCAGUGGAAUUCAGUGGAUGGACGACGUACUGUGAGAAAUCAAAGCACCUUAAACCAGGUCAAGAACCCAAAAAGAGCCAUGGCUACAUUAUGUACCAUGGGACACUCAAAACCAAUGCCCCAGCUAUUAUAUCAUCAGGGUUUCGGCCCUCUGCUGGGGGAACUCUGGGUCCUGGAGUCUACUGUAGUAGGGACAUUAACAAAGCAAUGGGUUACCCAGCAUGUGCUCCCAAUGACAGAGUUGUGUUUAAGCUACGUGUAAGAGUGGGUAAAGUGAAAAGGUUUGACUUGCAAAGCCUGAACCAGGUGACAUCGUGGCAUCAGAAUGGAUAUGAUACGGCCUGGUUACCUGCUUCUGUUAAUGGACGUGAGGAGGACUGUGUUUUCGACCCAAAGAGACUCACUGUGAUUGGGAUAGCCCAUUGCACAGACUCCAGUGUUAAGAGUUCUCUGGAGAGUCUCAUAAAGCAGAAAAGCCAAUCGCAGGACCCUAAGGGGAAAGAUCUGAAGCUGUGUAAAGGCUGUGAAAUGCAAACAGAGGAUAAACACACAAUGGAGAAAUGCUGGUCCUGCAAAGCAUCCGUAUGCCCCUUCAUGAAGAAUCAUGUUUGCCGAAGGAAAGGGAAGUAACCUGAUACACUUUAAUUAAAUAUAAUCUGUAAAGUGAUUUUUAGCUUCGGGUAUUAAAAACUUGUUAUUAUACUUGAGGUAACUUCUUUAAGUUUUUUUUUUUUUUUUCUCAAACCAUUUUUUUCUCAAACCAUGUUUUGUAACAUGGUGUAAUGUUUUGAGCACUUGAGGAGAGAUAAAUAAAGACACUUUCUAUUAAUACAAUAUGUAGUUUUUCCUCUUCUAUUCUGCAGUUGCAAUUAUGCUGUGUCUUUGUAACAAUAUUGAUUUACUGCUGAAAUCUUGUAUAGCAAUUUUUUUAAUAUUGAGCAUGUUUAGCAAAAACAUGCUCAAUAUAGCAUGUUUUUACUUUUUCUAAAAUCCUAAUUUACAUAUUGGUAAUGAGAACAUUUUUUUUUUCAAUCUGACACAUUGACUCUGCUAUAAUUAAAGCCAAUACUGUAAACAUGCUCAAGUCUUUCUGAAAGAAUAAAAAAAAAAGACUUAUUCAUCACUAAAAACCUGUGAGAAUCUGAACUGAAAAAUAAUAGCAGUACAAAGUAUAAAAAACAGAAAUUGUUUUCCUAUCUUAUCUCUUUUCUUGCUUGGCAUUCUGUGAAGUUUCCUACCCAGCAAGAUGCUAUAUUUACAUGCAAUAUAUGGUGUUUUAAAGGAAGGAAUGAACUCUUUGGUUUGGGCCUUUGGUUUUAUUAAUAAUUCCUCUUUUCAAUAAUUUUAAUGACUGAAUAUCAUAAUUCAUAAAUUCUCUAUACUCAUUUAUAUGUGAUCUAAUAAUUUUGGAAAGCCUUUCAUGAAUCAUUUUUAAUGUGUUUGCAAUGUAAACUUGUAUAAAACAUGCAUCUGCACAUCAUCACAAUUUACAGUUUAUGUAUGGUGUUAGUAAGAAACACGGAUCCUGACAUAUAUGGCUUUCGCUUCUGCUUCCCUGCCACCUC